AUGUCAACUGGACAUAACUUUGCUCAGUGGGAAGAGCCCAUCAUCAACCCAUCUGGGCUAACCCAUGUGGGGCCACCAUGGAAACCGAGGACAAAAUUAGCUGGGUCCCAGCUGGGAACACACAUGGUGGAAGAUUUGAGGAUUGUUCUUCUGGGUAAAACCGGGUCAGGAAAAAGUGCAACAGGAAACACCAUCCUGGGCAAAGAUGUGUUUGAAGUUAGGUUCUACUCUGAAUCUACAACUCAACAGUCUGAGAAACAUGAGGGAAAUGUGGAAGAUACGAAGAUUUCAGUGGUUGACACACCUGGGCUAUUUCACACAUCCAUGAGUGAAAAACAUCUAAAGGCUGAGAUUGAGAAGAGUUUGCAGAUGUCUGCUCCUGGUCCUCAUGUGUUUCUGCUGGUCAUCAAACUGGACAGAUUCACAGAAGAAGAGAAAAACACAGUCGAAUGGAUUCAGAAGAACUUUGGAGAAGAUGUUAAGAGAUUUGCCAUAGUGCUGUUCACAGGAGCUGACAUGUUAACCAAACCAAUAGUUACAUUUCUGAAGGAAAACCAAGAACUGCAUAAGUUAGUGGAUGAGUGUGGGGGAAGAUAUUAUGUGUUAAACAAUGUGAAUGAUGGAGCUCAAGUCACUGAACUGCUGGAGAAGACCAAGACAAUAGUGGAGAAAAAUAGAGGAGAAUACUACACCAGUGCAAUGUUCAAGAAAACUCAGAGAAAAAUAGCUAUGAUAAAAACUUUGAAAAUAAUAGAUGGACUGAUGGAGAUCACAGGAUCCUCUGGAGGAUCUACAGGUGUCUGGUGA